GUAUCUGAAGAAAGAUUUGGCCAGGGGCAGCUGUGCUGGCUCAUGCUCUCCUCCUGCUGCUGCUGCCAUCCUCCAGCAAGAUGCUAGGGUCUUUGGGGCUUUGGGCAUUACUUCCCACAGCUGUGGAAGCACCCCCAAACAGGCGAACCUGUGUGUUCUUUGAGGCCCCUGGAGUGCGGGGAAGCACAAAGACACUGGGAGAGCUGCUAGAUACAGGCACAGAGCUCCCCAGAGCUAUCCGCUGCCUCUACAGCCGCUGCUGCUUUGGGAUCUGGAACCUGACCCAAGACCGGGCACAGGUGGAAAUGCAAGGAUGCCGAGACAGUGAUGAGCCAGGCUGUGAGUCCCUCCACUGUGACCCAAGUCCCCGAGCCCACCCCAGCCCUGGCUCCACUCUCUUCACCUGCUCCUGUGGCACUGACUUCUGCAAUGCCAAUUACAGCCAUCUGCCUCCUCCAGGGAGUCCUGGGACUCCUGGCUCCCAGGGUCCCCAGGCUGCCCCAGGUGAGUCCAUCUGGAUGGCACUGGUGCUGCUGGGGCUGUUCCUCCUCCUCCUGCUGCUGCUGGGCAGCAUCAUCUUGGCCCUGCUACAGCGAAAGAACUACAGAGUGCGAGGUGAGCCAGUGCCAGAGCCAAGGCCAGACUCAGGCAGGGACUGGAGUGUGGAGCUGCAGGAGCUGCCCGAGCUGUGUUUCUCCCAGGUAAUCCGGGAAGGAGGUCAUGCAGUGGUUUGGGCCGGGCAGCUGCAAGGAAAACUGGUUGCCAUCAAGGCCUUCCCACCGAGGUCUGUGGCUCAGUUCCAAGCUGAGAGAGCAUUGUACGAACUUCCAGGCCUACAGCACGACCACAUUGUCCGAUUUAUCACUGCCAGCCGGGGGGGCCCUGGCCCCCUGGUCUCUGGGCCCCUGCUGGUACUGGAACUGCAUCCCAAGGGCUCCCUGUGCCACUACUUGACCCAGCACACCAGUGACUGGGGAAGUUCCCUGCGGAUGGCACUGUCCCUGGCCCAAGGCCUGGCAUUUCUCCAUGAGGAGCGCUGGCAGAAUGGCCAAUAUAAACCAGGUAUUGCCCACCGAGAUCUGAGCAGCCAGAAUGUGCUCAUUCGGGAAGAUGGAUCAUGUGCCAUUGGAGACCUGGGCCUUGCCUUGGUGCUCCCUGGCCUCACUCAGCCCCCUGCCUGGACCCCUACUCAACCACAAGGCCCAGCUGCCAUCAUGGAAGCUGGCACCCAGAGGUACAUGGCACCAGAGCUCUUGGACAAGACUCUGGACCUACAGGAUUGGGGCAUGGCCCUCCGACGAGCUGAUAUUUACUCUUUGGCUCUGCUCCUGUGGGAGAUACUGAGCCGCUGCCCAGAUUUGAGUCCUGACAGCAGUCCACCACCCUUCCAACUGGCCUAUGAGGCAGAACUGGGCAAUACCCCUACCUCUGAUGAGCUAUGGGCCUUGGCAGUGCAGGAGAGGAGGCGUCCCUACAUCCCAUCCACCUGGCGCUGCUUUGCCACAGACCCUGAUGGGCUGAGGGAGCUCCUAGAAGACUGUUGGGAUGCAGACCCAGAAGCACGGCUGACGGCUGAGUGUGUACAGCAGCGCCUGGCUGCCCUGGCCCAUCCUCAGGAGAGCCACUCCUUUCCAGAGAGCUGUCCACGGGGCUGCCCACCUCUCUGCCCAGAAGACUGUACUUCAAUUGCUGCCCCUACCAUCCUCCCCUGUAGGCCUCAGCGGAGUGCCUGCCACUUCAGUGUUCAGCAAGGCCCUUGUUCCAGGAAUCCUCAGCCUGCCUGUACCCUUUCUCCUGUGUAAAUAUGCAGUUUAUGUGUCAUCAAUGUACACGCCAACAUAAAUAUGGCGAUUGUAUAGCUGUCUUGUCUGCCUCAUCACUGCCUUUCCCACCUGCCGAAUCCUUGGAUUCUUCUGUGGGCAUGCAGUCCACAGCAGUUCUAACCAGUGACUUGGGGUAGGUGUGCACAGGAAACAGAGUAAAGUCAACUUUCCUGACGCA